AUGACCUCCUCACGCCUCCAGGGCCAUAGAUACACGAUAUCGAAAACUCAGGAGCUCAUGGAGGUACAUUCAAACGCCAAAGCUAUCCUCAUCACUCGGGGCGUUGAUUCAUGGCAUACCUCCGUCAUGAAAAGUAUCUGGUGGCGUGUCACCGAUCUGGAACAUCUGCUCAUUUCCAACUACAGCUGGGCAGCCGGCAUGUACUACCCCAUGCUUCAGAAAUUCUUCGACAUAUGCUUCACAGGCGAUUUUCCCAACAAGGGGAAACAGGUCUACCUGAACCAUGUUGGAGGGGUACGCAACCUUGCCCAGAAGGAACGAUUACUCGAGCACGAAGUCGGCGAAAGCUAG